AUGCCUGGUGGUGCUCCUGGUUCGAGCUCGCGUGGCCGCGGCGGCAAGUUCCGAAAAUUCACCAGAGGAGGCAAGUCCAAACCAGCCUGUGGAAAGCACUUCUCCCGCAACCUCCAGCCUCUCGACGCCGAAGGCAACGCGGUGAGCAUGUGGGGUGAAGACGCCCAGCUCAACAAAGACGAAUCCGAUUCCGAGGAAGAGUCCGAAGAGGAGUCCGACGCGGAGGAUGAGGAAGAGGAGCAGGGCGGCAGCAGCAGCAGGACCGCCGCCGCCCAGGCAUCCGCAGAGGCCAACCGCGAGGACCGGAAAGCCCAGAAGAAGGCUCGGAAAGAGGCCGCCAUAGCCAAGCAGAAGAGCCGCGCGGUCGAGGUCGGCGACAUGCCGUCGUCGAGCGACGAGGAGAGCGACGCGGACCUGCCGGCCAACCCGAACCACUCGUCGUCGGCCCGCAAGCAGGCCUCCAAGGCCGCCGCGGACGUCGACGCCAUCACCGAGGGCGUCAAGAAGCUGCCCGCCAGCCGGCGCGAGAGGGAGGCGGCCGAGGCGGCGGCCGCCAAGGAGAGGUACAUGAAGCUGCAUGCCGAGGGCAAGACGGACGAGGCCAAGGCGGAUAUCGCCCGCCUCAAGGCCAUUCGUGCACAGCGCGAGGCGGAUGCCGCUAGGAGACAGGCUGAGAAGGAAGAGAAGGAGGAGCGGGAGAGGGAGCGGAGAGCUGAAAUCGAGGCCAGAGAAGCCAAGCUGCGAGCGCUGGCCGCUGGCCCGAAGAAGAGCAGCAAAAAGAAAUAA